GUAUGAAUUUCUUGCUUUCAAGUCUGUUUAGUUUCAUUUUAUUAAGGAUUUAAGUGCUGCUUGAUUUUGAAAUCUACUGUUACACAGAAUACAGUUUUUAAAAUAGGCGUUUUACUUUAAAAAGAAGGACAUGGCAACAGAUUCGUGGGCCCAGGCUGUCGAUGAACAAGAAGCUGCAGCGGAAUCGAUAAGCACCUUGCAAAUAAGUGAAAAAGAGGAGAAGCCGACAGCUGAAGCAAAUGGAGCGAAGACAGAAGCGAAGACCGAAGCAAAAACAGAAGCAAAUGCUGAUAAAACAGAGGAGGAUGAUAAAGAUGACAAGGCAGCACAGUCACUGCUGAAUAAACUGAUACGCAGUAAUCUAGUCAACACCACCAAUCAAGUUGAAGUCCUUCAGAGGGAUCCGAGCUCUCCGCUAUACUCUGUCAAAUCAUUUGAAGAGCUGCGACUGAAACCUCAGCUAUUGCAAGGAGUGUAUGCCAUGGGUUUUAAUAGACCCUCCAAAAUCCAGGAGACUGCAUUGCCCAUGAUGCUCGCUGAACCUCCACAGAAUCUGAUCGCUCAGUCUCAGUCAGGAACAGGUAAAACGGCUGCCUUCGUGCUGGCCAUGUUAAGUCACGUGGACCCUGAGAACAAAUGGCCUCAGUGUCUGUGUGUGUCCCCCACAUAUGAGCUGGCCCUACAGACUGGGAAGGUCAUCGAGCAGAUGGGGAAACAUUACCCUGAAGUCCAGCUAGUGUACGCCAUCAGAGGAAACAAAUUGGAGCGGGGUACAAAACUGCAGGAGCAGAUCGUGAUUGGCACUCCUGGUACUGUUCUGGAUUGGUGCCAAAAGCUGAAAUUCAUCGAUCCUAAGAAGAUCAAGGUGUUUGUGUUGGACGAGGCUGACGUCAUGAUCGCCACACAGGGUCAUCAAGACCAGAGCAUUCGCAUCCAGAGGAUGCUUCCUAAAACUUGCCAGAUGCUGUUGUUCUCUGCCACAUUUGAAGAAACGGUGUGGAAUUUCGCAAAGAGAAUCGUUCCCGACCCCAACAUUAUCAAACUCAAGCGUGAAGAAGAGACUCUAGACUCCAUCAAGCAGUAUUAUGUCAUCUGCAACAGCAAGGAGGAGAAAUUCCAGGCUUUGUGCAACAUCUACGGAGCCAUAACCAUCGCACAGGCUAUGAUCUUCUGCCAUACCAGGAAAACUGCCGGGUGGUUGGCAGGAGAGCUGUCCAGAGAAGGACACCAGGUGGCGCUGCUAAGUGGAGAGAUGCAGGUGGAGCAGAGAGCAGCGGUCAUUGAACGCUUCCGAGACGGCAAAGAGAAAGUCCUGGUUACCACUAACGUCUGUGCCAGAGGUAUCGAUGUGGAGCAAGUGUCAGUGGUGAUCAACUUCGAUCUGCCAGUGGACAAGGACGGCAACCCUGAUAAUGAGACGUAUCUGCACCGAAUUGGGCGUACUGGGCGAUUCGGCAAAAGAGGGCUGGCGAUCAACAUGGUGGACAGCAAGUUUAGCAUGAACAUUCUCAACCGCAUCCAAGACCACUUCAAUAAGAAAAUUGAGAAACUGGACACCGAUGAUUUGGAUGAGAUCGAGAAGAUCGCCAACUGAGCGUCCGCCUGUGACGUUUACAAUAGGACUGUGCUCACGCUACAUUUUAAUUCAGAGGCUGGAAGCAGAGCUGUGCCAGAGCGGAUGUUUACAUGUGGAGCAGUUUUAUCUCAGAUGGUGUUUUUAUAGGUCUUUUAUUUUGUUUCACUCUUUGUACUUAAUAAAUGCUGAAUGUGUAGUCUUAACGUCACGUCUACGAGAAUCCUGCGGGAGCCGUCUGGGACACUGACAAGGAGAAUAUGCCUUUUCAAGAUUAACCGUUACAUCAUGCACCUUUUUAAAAUCGCCUGCCUUCAAAAAA